UACAAGUUUUAAAAGACGAACCAAACAUCUUCCUGUUAUGCAGAGACUGUUGGUAAAGGAAAAACCCCUGUUUCUGCUUCAUAGUCCUUUAUAACAAGGUGUCACCUAUUUCAGGUAAGGAAACUGAUCUCUGCAUCGACAGACACAGACAGAGAAGAGAGGGACUGGUGGGGUUAUUCUUUUUCUGGUUUCUUACUUUUAAUUUGCAUAAAGGCCUGAACUGACUGAAGCUACAAGUAAAGCUGAUGAAAAAGUCCUUAGCCAGUUCAAACAGAUGAAGUCUACCAGAUGACAUGAAGCACAAAUGAUUUUACUGUUGAGAGGAUAUUUAUGUGUGAAUCAUGGUAUUUAAAACUUACUUUACAAAUUUUCUCUGAGUUUACAGGUUUCGCCAUCCUUUUUAAUCCACUCCAGAUUUCCUGUGCUGAGCUCAAGAACAUAAUCCACCUCCAUCCAUCUUCAUACAGCGUGAGCAGAAUCAAGAAGAUCUCCCCACUGUGUUUGUGGUUUUAUAGCGAGCUAAGAGAGAAUCUGAGAGAGAUGGGUCCUCUGUUUGCUAUUCCCAUCCUUGUUGCAGUGAAUGGCAUCGCCGGCAUUUGGGCCGUGUAUGGAAUAGCUUUGCAUAAUGGAACAGUGAAUCUGACGGACCACUUUCCUUACAUCAGUCACUGUGGGGCAAAACCUCCAGCCAGCUGCUGGUUCUCUCAGGUCUGCAACAACGGCUGCAUUCUAGCUCUGAUAUUCGACACUGUGCGUUUCCUCGCUGUUAAAAACCAUUCAAAAAACAGAGGGUAUAACAUUGCUAGCUUUGUACUGGGAAUCUUCUCAGCUGUGGGGUUGUCCAUCACCGGAAACUUCCAGGUCUCAAACAAUGUUUAUCUUCAUUACAUUGGUGCUGUUCUGGCAUUCUUUGGGGGCCUGGUCUACCUCUGGUUUCAACUGUUUCUUAUCAGCGACAAGAUCGUGAAGUACAUUGGGUAUGUUGUGUGCUCCAUCUGCACCAUCCUGAUCAUCUGCAUGACUGUUUUCCAUUUCUGUGAAUUUCUUACUUAUACUGCAAUCUGUGAGUGGACCCUGGCCACAUCAUUCUUCCUGCUCUAUCCUCUGUUUGUGUUUGAGUUUUCAGAUAUCGACCUCAAAUUUACCAUAAACACCAAAGGCUCCGCCUCUGCAGGCGUCGACCAACCACUUAAAGAUUACUAGAGGUCGCUCUGUUGUCACGGAGACAGAUCAACGCUGAUUGUUCAUGUGAAGUUACUGCUGAUGAAUCUGAAACAAAUAAAA